AUGAAAACAGAUAAUAAUAUAUGGGCGUUAGUAAAAAAUACAUUUCGACCAUAUAAUCCUUCAUUUAGAGGACUUACAACACCAGAAGGAAUAGUCAAAGAUAAUAAAGAAAUAGUUACCUUGCUAGCAGACUAUUAUGAAAAACAUUUUGAGAAACCAAUACACAACAAUAAUAAUCGAUAUCAUAAUGAAUGUAUAGAAACUUAUAAAAGAAUUGAAGAUUUACCGAAUAUACCAUUAGAGAAUAUAAAAUUCGAUGAAGUACUAAAACAAUGGAAAAAGUUUGCUCCUAAAAAAUCACUUGAUAAAGUAAAUACUUCCGCUUACCUGAUCAAAAAUCUUCCAAGUGAAUAUCUAGAAAUAAUUACAGUAUUAUUUAAUAAAUGUAUUGAAACAGGUACUUUCUUCGAGAUAGGUAAACAAGCGAAAGGAAUAUGUUUGUCUAAAGAUGGGAUUUACCCAACGAAUGAUCGUCUUAGAUCAAUUGCACUAUUACCCAAUCUAGGAAAGUGGUUAGAAAGGAUUAUUGCUGAAAGAAUAGAAAGAUGGUGCGAUAAAAAUGGAAUUCAUACAGAUGAGCAAUCUGGGUUCGAAUCACACAGGCGACUUCAAAGCAGAAUAGUGUCACUCGUUGAAGAUCUUAGGUUAACAGUAGCGACAGCUAAUCGACCCGCAUUAGUCAUAUUUGUCGACUUUAAAACUGCAUUCGACAGGGUUUGGUACCCUGCUUUGUUGAAUACCCUUGAGAAACUAGAAAUGCCUCAGGAUUUAAUGAAAUGGAUAUUUAAUUGGUUAAAUAAUCGCUCAAUUACUAUAAGUCAUGGAGAUGCUGAAUCUAGAUCUAUACAGACCUAUGUUGGUGCGCCUCAGGGAUCUACACUAGCUGCACUUUUAUUCAAGCUACAUAUUUUUUUUCUUCCUUCAUAUUUUCCACAAAUAACAACACAUCUAUACGCGGAUGAUCUAACCAUGGUAGUAGCAGAUGCACUUGAGAAACGAUUGUCUGACAACAUAAUAUACCUAGAAGAACAAGCGAAAACUAUUAUGAAAAACUUAGAAAAAUUUGCAGAUGAUCACAUCUUACCAGUAAAUGUAGAUAAAACCAAAGUAAUGUUAGUACAUAGCGCUGUGGCACCAUUAUGA